AUGCCGAACUCUCAAGAGCAGAACUUAGAUGAAAAUGCAGUGUUCCUGCCGGUGACUGAGACCUCCCCAGAAUUCCUUUACUCAGAGACAGAGCGCCAAGCUGUGGAGAGACUCCUGAGUUUUGGUCCUGAGGCCUUCUACAGCUCCAUUGGCACAGAGCACUCCGGUUGCUUCUUGUCUCCUGAGGAGGUCAGCCAGAUAACCAGCUGGGCUCAGGACUAUCGCUGUAGUCAGCUACAGGUGCAACAGGAAGAGAAUGGAGAGGAGGGCAACUCAGCGAUGGGGGAUUUCUCUUCCACCUACUUCCCUUCCUACUCUGACACACCACCCCCGAGUUUGGAGUUGGGCUGGCCUGAAAAAAGCCCUUGGGGGCCAACGGGAAAUGUUAAAGUCCACACCAGUCCUCCUGCUGAAGGGCAAGCACCUGUCAGAGAGAUCAUCAGACAGCAUUUGCAAAAGGCCAACCAAGUAAUUGCUAUUGUCACAGACAAACUGACAGAUGGUGCAGUAAUUGGUGAUUUACACAGUGCUGCCUCCCGGGGUGUCCCGGUUUACAUAAUCCUGAACGAAAAGACAAUUCAGGAGAACUUCAUGCUCAACAGGCUCAUGCAUCCGAAUAUGCGGGUCCGAGUUCUUGGAGGUAAAACUUUCUGUUCGAGGGAGGGAAGAAUGGUGGUCGGGGAACUAAAAGACAAGUUCCUUCUGGUGGAUUUAGAGACAGUGAUUCAUGGCAGCUACAGCCUCACAUGGACAGAUGCGCACCUGCACCGGCAAAUAAUCACUGUUCUAAGCGGCCCAGUUGUAGACUCUUUCGAUAAGGAGUUCAGAAUCCUUUUUGCCGCUUCACUCCCUGUCCCAGACACAAGGAGGGCUGCUGGUACACUUGCAGAUAUGGCUCAUCAGCUAAAAGACUUCCCAGAUCUCAGGUAUCAAAAGCAUUUCUCAUUGGGGCAUGAGAUUGCCAGCCCUUCAUCCCCACCUGCUGAUUCCUUGCUGGACUGGGAAGCCAUGGGUGUCAUCCAGAGAGACUCCUAUGCAGACCACCCUCUUGAUCAUCAUGAGGAGAUUGUGAGAGAGAAGAUACCACCGGAGAACAACAUGCCGUUUAAUAGAAAGACACCUAUUGUGGAUGGUUUGAUUCACAAUGGAGACCAAUUUAUGGAUAAAAGAAGCAACACACAGUCCUCCCCAAGAGACACAGCACCUGCAGUUGCAAUGAAAAGGAUGGAACACAAAAUAGAGCAAGCUGUGUCCAGACAGCUCUCCAAAGAGAAAGACACAAAUGCAGGGGAAAGACAAACAACAAGGCUUGAUGAUAAAGAAAGAGAGCCAACACAAAAUAUGUUCAUGCUUUCCUCUACUAAGAGAAAAGAGCCCUCAUGGAGGGAGCCUAUUUUGGUGAAGACCAGCAUAGAUGUAACUAACUCCAAGGUGGACAACAUACCAUCUUCUAGGAAACCUUUAAUCUUGAUGGUGCCGCAAUCUGAGAGAUCUGGCCCAGUGAGUGACAUUUUGAAGAGGCUUUGUCCUCAGCUGAGCACUUCAGGACUGCCCAGGAUGGGAUCACAGGGCGCAAAGUCCGAACUGAGUCAGUCCAUGAUGAACCUGAGUGUACACAAUACGGAUACAGAUCAAGACGAGAGAGGAGUCCCAGUGCCGAGGUUGAAGGCUGGUUGUUUUGACCCGGGUCACAUGACACCUGCUUUUGCCCUGAUGAAGAAAAGGAAUGAUGAAAUCAAAUCAGUCUUGUACAGAACUCCAAAAUCCUUCCAACCUAGAGAGAGGCCUCACAUCUCCUCUUAUACACUCAAUAUGGACUGGAGGAGGUCACUGUCAGAAAGGGAAGGACAACAUGAAUGA